CUUGUAAGUCCUUUCUCUCCUCUGAGCUGUGACUUAAUGGUGUUUCUCCUUUUCCCCUAUGUAGACCCUGGACCUGGCAUGCAGAAGCCUCAGCUCUUGGUUCCUGUUAUGGCUACUCCAAAUGGAACUCUGGUCCAUCCAGCAUACUUCCUGCUGGUGGGCAUCCCUGGCCUGGGGCCUAACAUACACUUUUGGCUGGCUUUCCCACUGUGCCUUAUGUAUGCGGUGGCCACCCUGGGCAACCUGGCCAUUGUCCUCAUCAUCCGUGUGGAAAGGCGCUUGCAUGAGCCCAUGUACCUCUUCCUGGCCAUGCUUUCCACUAUUGACCUAGUCCUGUCUUCUGUCACCAUGCCCAAGAUGGCCAGUCUCUUCCUGACAGGCAUCCAGGAGAUAGGAUUCAAUGUUUGUCUGGCCCAGAUGUUCCUUAUUCAUUCUCUGUCAGCCAUGGAGUCAGCUGUCCUGCUGGCCAUGGCUUUUGACCGCUUUGUGGCCAUCUGCCAUCCACUGCGGCAUGCCUCUGUGCUUACUGGGCCUACUGUGGCCAAGAUUGGACUAGCUGCCCUGACCAGGGGAUUUGUUUUCUUCUUCCCACUGCCCUUCAUCCUGAAGCGGUUGUCAUACUGCCAAACACAUACGGUCACACACUCCUUCUGUCUGCACCAAGAUAUUAUGAAGUUGUCCUGUACUGACACCAUGGUCAAUGUAGUAUACGGACUCUUCAUUAUCCUCUCUGUCAUGGGUGUGGACUCCCUCUUCAUUGGCUUCUCCUACAUUCUCAUCCUGAAGACUGUGUUGGAGCUGUCUUCUCAGGGGGCAGCACUCAAGGCUUUCAACACCUGCAUCUCCCAUCUGUGUGCUGUCUUGGUCUUCUAUGUGCCCCUUAUUGGGCUCUCAGUGGUGCACAGGCUGGGGGGCCCUACCUCCCUGCUCCAUGUGAUUAUGGCUAAUAUCUAUUUACUACUACCACCCGUGGUCAACCCAAUGGUCUAUGGAGCCAAGACCAAGGAGAUCCGUUCACGGGUCCUCCAUAUGUUCUCACAGGGUGGCAAGUGA